GAAAAAGUUAGUUUAGAGAAAGAACAAAAUGAAUGAAUGAAAAACAAUCAAAACAGAGCAAAGAAAAAAGAAAAACGCAUUUGGGGGUUGUUUCAAGUUCCCAUCGCUCACUAAAGCAAAGCAGUUAAAAAUAAAAACCCCCCCAAGAAAAAGCCAGAGGCAGAGUCAUAUAUAUACAUACAUGUUGUUGUUAUUGUUAAUUUGGUUUGGUAUUUCUUCUUCUUCUUCUUCUUCUUCUUCUUCUUCUUCUUCCUCCCGCCAAAACCAACACUUUUUCGAUUCCGACUACUCUGUUUGGAUUGGAACUUUGAUAAACAGCAAAGGCGGUGGGUGGGUGAGGCAUAUGAUGCUUUGUUGUUGUCCUUCUUUCAGAGAGCAAUUACUGCCUUUCCUUCGCGAUUACGACCGGCUUCAAUCUUUCGCCGUCGUCCUCAUCUACAUUCAGAUUGGGUGCGCGUUGAUUGGAUCUCUGGGAGCAUUGUACAACGGGGUUUUGCUGAUAAAUCUGGGGAUAGCAUUGUUCGCUUUGGUGGCCAUUGAGAGUAGCAGUCAGAAACUUGGGCGUACCUAUGCUGUUCUUCUCUUCUGUGCUCUGCUUCUCGAUAUUACUUGGUUCAUCCUCUUCACUCACGAGAUUUGGGACAUUUCUUCUGACAAUUAUGGGACAUUCGUAAUCUUUUCAGUAAAACUCACUCUGGUAAUGCAAAUCAUUGGGUUUACUGUAAGGUUGUCGUCCUCGUUGUUAUGGAUUCAGAUUUACAGGUUGGGAGUUUCAUAUGUAGACACUACAGGUUCUAGAGAAGCAGAUUUUGAUUUAAGAAAUAGUUUUCUGAGUCCUGCAACUCCUGCUGUAGUUAGAGAACCCUCAGAUUCUGAUGACAUUUUGGGAGGCUCUAUCUAUGAUCCUGCUUAUUUCUCGACCCUCUUUGAAGGUCAAGAAAAUAGAUGUUCACAUGGGGGUCGAAACCGCGGUAUUAAAGACAAUGGGUCUACUUCUGCUUCUGAAUCUCCUCUGUUGAAACCAUCUGUAAGCAGAUCAUUUCAGGCUGUAGAUGAUGAUAUUUCAGCUGGCCUGACUCAAUUGGUUUGAAGUUGAGUACAGUAUCCAUGAAAAUUUUUCCUUGACAUUUUUUUUCCCAGGGUAGAAGUGCUGCUGGUCAAAGCGAAAGGAGAACCCAUGUCCAGUAUAUUCUGUGAGUGUGACAAUGUCAAAAGGUUUUGCCAUUUGAGAGCUGUAUUUGACUUCAUGUUAUAUGAGUUUUAAUCCUGCAAAACCCAUUCUGGCAAAUCCUUCAAAGGUUUGGAUCAGGAUUCAAGACUGACUUGCAUAUGGGUGUACUUUCCUGGCCAUGCGGUCAUAUUGGCAUGUCAGCUACACCUAGGCAGUGCAGUUUAGCUCACAAUGAACUCUGAUUUGCCUGGGUGGGUUCGCCAAUGUGGCGGAGUUCAGCAACCCCAGUCAGUGGCAUUUUGUUCCCCAAGUCACAUUGGUAGACCCUUCAGAAUGUAGUGGCUUUUAUUCUUUCUUUUGUUUUCUUUUCAUUUUUUUUUUCAUUUUUGGUGGGUUUGACAGCCUGUCCAUGCCAUGAUGCGUGAAAUAUAUCUGCAUAUUUUCAUAGAGGAUGGUUACAUCCAUCUAAUUUUGUUUAUUUAUUCAUUCAAUUAUUGCCCAUAAGAUCAGAAUCUAAAGAAGAAAAAACUUGAAGAUCGGAGAACGAAGAAAAAAUUCAAAUUUCAAUCAGAUGUAGUCUUCAACCUGUAGAGUAUAUAGAGGAUAAUGAAGAGACCUUGCUUAAUUA